UUCCCGGAGGGGCAGAAAUGGCAACUCCAAGAAGCAAAGAAACGGAGUUGAAGAUAGAUGACAAGAAUCUGGUAUCCAGCGCGGGAAGCAGCGGAGAUGGCGGCGAUGAAGCUACCCCGCCACAGCCACCUCGGCUUCCGCUGGUACCAGCACCGUCGCCCUCUCACGAUCCUACGGCGCAUUCCACCUCAACGCCCCUGCUUCAGCCGGUACGACAGCCGCCACCUCCCAUCGGCAAGGAUACGAAUGAAGGAUCAGCUAAUAAGGAUUUGGGCGCAAGAAAAGCUGAUGGGGAUUGGGAGAUGGAAGACGUGGAAAUUGUAGAUGAUGAGGAUUGCGAAGGCGAGAAGGUCACAGACUCAUCUGAUAGCAAAUUCUUUUGUACAUUGUUCAUGAGUGGUCGAAGAAACAUCCCACAUUAUAUUUUACGGUUUGACUCGGCACCACUCAACAAGUACGAAUAUUUCUCACGGCGGAAAAACUGGAACCAGCUGCUGGAUGGCAAGAGAACAUACCUGCGACCAUGCAAGGGCUGCCCUGUGCUCAAAAAAGUUUUCAGGCGUCCAGAUUCUCGUAAGAAAACAUUAGGAUGUCAGAAACCACUGUCAGAAUUGGUCCGUGAAUCUUCUAAUAAUCAGAUCAUCCAGGAUAAGAUCAAGAUUCUUAGUCAGCAUUAUUUGCUCUUCCGAAGAACUCGCAAAGAUGGCAGCUGUUUUUACAGAGCUUUGUUGUUCUCCUACUUGGAGAACCUUGGACAAAUGCAAGAUAGUCUAGCCGAGGUUACUCGUCUAAUGGAAUGUGUGGAAAUGUCAAGAGAGAAAUUCUCACGUCUUAAAUGGGAUAAAGCAUACUUCUUAAAUCCUGAAGAAUACUUGUCAAGUGUUGUUUCUGAGUUCUAUCAUUUGGUUAACUCGGUCGCAAAUGGCCUGAGUUCUGACAAGCUGUACGAGAGAAGUCUAGAGGAGAUGACGACAUUGAGGAUUCUUUCUUUCCUUAGGUUGCUGACAGAGAUUGAGAUACGUACACAAGAGGUCUACAGGUCAUUAUUUAUCUCUGAAGGAAUGAAUGUCAUCCAGUUCUGUUUGGAAGAGGUGCGUCCCCUGGAUGCUGAAGCCUUACUUAUACAAAUGAGGGCUCUAACACGUGCACUUGGUGUCCCGUUGCGUGUGGAAGUUGUGGACAAAAGUUUGGUGGCUCAAGCUGUGCAAGUAAAGCACCUUGAUUUCUUCCCUCCGUCAGAAUCAGGGAAGGGGCCUCACCAUUUAACUGAAAGCUAUCAUUCAUCAGGCACGGCUCCCAAAAUUCUGGAGCGAGGAAGAAACGAUAACUUGUUAUCAUCUGAUGGCACACCCUUGCUGACCUUGCUGAGAAGGCGUGGCCGCUGUGACAUUCUUUAUCCCCAAGUGAACAAACUAUGCUAGUAUGCUCAAUUGGCGAAACUUCCUCCAUGGAAAUAUACUGAUAGUCCUAUACAGUAUGUAGGGUUAUUUUUGCAUCUGCUCACAAACUAGCAAAAUAUUAAGGUUUCUUGAUUUUCUAGAAGAUGACGAUGUUAUGGAUUUUAAGGACUAGCAAAAUAUUAGGUUUGUUCCUACAGAUGUUGUUCUUCCUACUUAACGAGGGACCAAUUAAAGCUGAAGGUUUGCUACAUGGUUUUUUGUUCCUACUGAUGUUGUUGUUAGUUAGUUCUGUAUUGGGAGGGAAGCUAUACAGAUGUGAUGAGAAACUAUGCAGAAUUAUUGGGUUGUUCUUUUAUCAACUGAAGCCCCUCCUUAGAGUUGAGAUCA